AUGCAGGCUUUCUGCUGCUGUGGCCCUCGCCGCAGAGACCGGCGAGAUGAUGAUGAAGACGGGGAGGCUGCUCCUUCAAUCCCCGUUUUCAACCCGCCCGGCCUCAUCGACGUGCCGCCGAACACCAGCCAAGCCCAUGAGCUUUCCACCAUUCCGCUUCCGACGCAUGCAGCACGCCAAAGCUCCCAGAUAUCACCAGGCGAGGGGCCCCCGGGUCUGUGCCAGCUGGUUGACCGGAACAAUCUUGAUGACGAUGAGGACGACGACCAAGACGAUGCAAGCUUGUCGGCCAAGAGAUCCACAAAGACGCUCGACGCAAAGAGAAUCCAAGACGAGCUCGAAGCUGCCGAGAGCGUUGAUGGCGGUAGUAGUAGGUCACACUGGAGCACUCGAUACCUUUCGCCCCUCAUCGACCUCGGCCAGCCGGGAGGCGGCCCGCGGGACACGAUCGAGUUUAGCGUCGAGACCAACCCGGGUCUUCACACGUCCUCGGCCUCUGCCCAAGGAAGCCCUAUGGACACGACUAGAAGACAAGUCAGCUGCCCUCAGCUCGUUUCAAGCGACUGCGAGGCUGCAUCGAGCCCCAUCGAGCGUGGAGACCGCAGUCCUGAGCCAGCUCCUUCCGCGACAACAGCUCCCUCCCCGCGGCGACCCUCAACGGCGCAGAGCAUGAAAGGCCAGCCAGCAGCCGGUCUAGGUGUCAAUGCCCCUCGCAUGGAGCGGGUGAUUGGCGCUGAUAACGACUUCGAUAUUCGACACGGAUCGCACGCCUGGGACGAUCAGUCGGCUCUCGGUAUUUGGCUCAUCGCGCAAGGAAUGCGGUCCAGAGAUACCUCACUCCUUCGACUGGGUGAAGGCGAAUCUGAUGCAGCCGCUGAAUGUGAUGUCAUGCACUCGCCCUCCCAGGAUUUCGGCGGAAUCGAUAGUGUUCUCGAUACACCACCGUCUGUGAGCCAGGAUAACAGCAUUGCCACGGCACUUCGCCCAUACGAGGGCUGCCCGGACGCCUAUCGACGACAAAAGGCCAAUACCGAUGCCACAGGAGCCACUCCAAGAGAAGCGGACUGGGCCGAGCCCGAUAAGGAUCCUUCAACUGUAAAACUCAUGGACUCCGCAUCAGCCUCGGGCAUCAACUUUGCUGGACGCAGCAGGAACAACCCCUCAUCCAACUAUCCAUCUGCUAUGCCGAGCUUCGAGCCAAGCCCCGCUGACUCGGCGGCCAAUAGCCUUAGCCUCAGUCCCCAGGAUAUUGAGAACCUCGAACUGUCCCCGUUUCACUGGCAAGGGGAAUUUUCCAUACUCCGUGAGCUCGGCCACUCUGAGGGCCAAAGCUCCUAUGCAACCGCGGAAGACGACACGUCAAACGCUGAGAACAACUAUGGCAUCCUUACGAAUCUUCCGCGCUCCCCCCGAGCUGCACACAGUAGAGCUUCCGUAACUACCUCUGAAGCGGCCAGCGCCCAGAAACGCGAGACCGAACAUCGGACCAUAAACCGCACGCUUACUGACGUCGCCUCCCGGAAGAGCAGCCCCGCGAUACGCAGCCGUUUCAAGGAAGACCUCAGAACGACAUCAGCUCCGGCCCCAGUGCGGACCUCCAUCGUGACCAAGAUUCAAUCAUCUCUUUCGAGGCUGUCCCGGUGCUAA